UAUACAGGUGGACACAUCAAUCCAGCUGUGACUUUUGGACUCUUCUUGGCAAGAAAGCUCUCCCUCACAAGAGCUGUUUUUUUACAUAAUCAUGCAGUGCCUUGGUGCCAUCUGUGGUGCUGGUGUUGUAAAGGGCUUUGAGAAUGCCUCAACUUUUGAAAGGUUGGGAGGUGGAGCUAAUGUUGUUAACGCUGGCUACACCAAGGGUGAUGGUCUUGGUGCUGAGAUUAUUGGCACCUUUGUCCUUGUCCACACUAUUUUCUCAGCCACUGAUGCCAAGAGAAACGCCAGAGACUCUCAUGUCCCUAUCUUGGCUCCUUUGCCAAUUGGGUUUGCAGUGUUCUUAGUUCACUUGGCAACUAUCCCCAUAACUGGAACUGGAAUCAACCCUGCAAGGAGUCUUGGAGCUGCAAUCAUCUUCAACAAGGACCAUGCUUGGGAUGACCAUUGGAUCUUCUGGGUUGGGCCCUUCAUUGGAGCUGCUCUUGCUGCUGUAUACCACCAGAUAGUCAUCAGAGCCAUUCCUUUCAAGUCCAGGGCUUGAUUUUCAAUCUCUUUCAAGUGUUGAGACACCUACUAGUUUUUUCUUUUCUUCCUGUUUCAUCUUUCUUCUCCUUUCUUUUCUGAGUCCUCUUACUUUUGUGUAUUGUAUUUUGGUGGUAGUGUGUUAAUUUGUGUGUACAUUAUUGAAUAUUUAUGAUGAUUUUUUUUUUUAACUA